AUGUUAUUUUCAAUCAUAAGGUCUUCGAUUUCUUCAGGGUCACUUCUCAAAACCCCAUCAAUCAUCUCUACUCCUUACAAGCUAAGCUCCUCACUUUCUCGCUUCUCAGUCCGCUCCAUGGCUUCUUCUUCCCCUUUCAAGAAAAUCCAAAUUCAGAGAGAUGGCACUGAAUUUGAUGCUUAUGUUGUGGGGAGAGAUGAUGCCCCUGCCAUUGUUGUGCUUCAAGAAUGGUGGGGAGUGGAUUAUGAAAUCAAGAAUCAUGCUGUGAAAAUAUCUGGGCUUGGAUCUGGUUUCAAGGCACUUAUUCCAGAUUUGUAUCGAGGAAAGGUCGGGUUAGAUGCUGCUGAAGCACAGCAUCUGAUGGAUGGUCUCGACUGGCAAGGUGCUGUUAAGGAUAUCCAUGCUUCAGUUAACUGGCUCAAGGCUAAUGGCUCUAAGAAGGUUGGUGUAACUGGAUACUGUAUGGGGGGUGCACUUUCAAUUGCAAGUUCUGUUUUGAUUCCUGAUGUUGAUGCUGUUGUUUCAUUCUACGGAGUUCCUUCAUCAGAGCUUGCAGAUCCUGCCCAAGCUAAGGCACCCAUUCAGGCUCAUUUCGGAGAGCUUGAUUCUUUCGUUGGCUUCUCUGAUUUGACGGCUGCCAAGAAACUAGAGGAAAAGCUGAAAGAAUCAGGAAUUCCAUAUGAGGUGCAUAUAUAUAAAGGAAGUGGACAUGCUUUCAUGAACCGAUCCGAAGAAGGUGUGAAGAGGAGGAAGAACAUGGGAAUGAAUGACGAGGACGAUAAUGCAGUCGAACUUGCUUGGUCUCGAUUCGAAUCCUGGAUGUCAAAAUACCUCUCAGCUUGAACUGGUUUGAUUUUCAUUCCAAAUCCCCCUUUCGUCCUAAUUAACUUUCUAGUUUAUGGCCCAUCACAUAAGCUUGUUUGCAUUCCUGGGCAGUGAUUGUGAAAGUGGAAGGUAACUCUUGUUUGUGUUGCGCUCUAAAGCAUAUGCUUGUUGAAAAGUAUAUGAAUAAUAUGGUCUGUCGUUUGAAAUUUUAA